CGCAGGAAGUCCCGCCCCGGAAGUGGGCUGGCGCGGGGCAUGGCGGCGGUGUGGCUCCGCUGGCCCGCGGGGCUGACGGUCGCGCUGCGGCCCCUGCUCACGCGCCGGUUCUUGUACGACGCGACCCCGCCACAGGACGUGCUGCUGUUCAAGCAUGAACGGGGCCGCCGCUUCGCAGUCCUCGGGCUUUUCUGCGCCAGCCAGGGCGUCUUCUGGGCCUCCCUGGCCGUGGCAACGUUGUCCCGGCCCCCGGUCCCUGUGCAGCCUCUGGACGCGGAGGCCCCGGAUGGUGGCCCCUUCGACCUGCGCUCCGUGCUCUGGCGCUACGGGCUGGCAGUCGGCUGCGGCGCCAUCGGAGCCCUGGUAGUUGGUGCCAGUCUUCUCUUCUCCCUUCGUUCUGUGCGCUCAGUGAUGCUUCGAGCUGGAGGACAGCAGGUGACCCUCACCACUCAUGCCCCUUUUGGCUUGGGGGCCCAUUUCACUGUUCCCUUGAACCAGGUAUCAUGCAUGGCCCACCGGGGUGAAGUCCCUGCCAUGUUGCCUCUGAAGAUCAAAGGCCGGCGCUUCUAUUUCCUCCUGGACAAAGCUGGAUACUUCCCCAACACCAAACUCUUUGACAAUACUGUGGGUGCCUACCGGAGCUUGUGAAGAAACCACCUCAGGUCACUUGCCUCUCCCAGAGGGGGACAGAAACUAAACCUUAGGAUGACGUGACAACCUGGCUCAUGCAAGGAGGCCCAAGACUCAUUAAUAACAAAUAAAGGAGCAGUCAUUCCAUGCAAA